AUGUCGCAAUUCAAAGCACUUGUUUCAAACAUUGCUGUUUUAUUGAUUCUUUCAUUGAGCAGUGUUUUGAUUCUUGCUCACAAUGGUGAAGAUCAUUCACUCCCAAAACCAAAUCUACCUGCAGAGAAUAAUCUUCCUUCCAAGUAUUUCCAUUUCAAGCCAACUCGUAUUAGACGUUACUAUAUUCAAGCUGAGAAGGUUGAGUGGAAUUAUGGACCUUAUGGAAAGGACAUGUUCAUGGGAAUGGAUUUUUCAGCAGACAAUCGUCCAUCCAACACUACCAUUGGUCUCAAAUAUCUCAAAGCAAAGUAUAUCGAAUAUACUGACAAGACUUUCUCCACAAAGAAAGCUCAAGCUCCACAUUUGGGAAUUGUUGGUCCAAUUAUAAGAGCUGAAGUUGGUGAACAAAUUAGAAUUCUCUUCAAGAAUGCUUUGGAAUUCCCAGCAGGUAUCCAUCCACACGGAGUUCAUUAUGAUAAACAAUCUGAAGGAGCUGCCUAUGUAGAUAACGAUAAGGACAUGUCAUUUGCAACUCCUGGAAGUGGUGAUGCUGUAGCUGCCGGAGCAACUUUCGAAUAUAUUUUCAAUGUACCAGAUCGUGCAGGUCCUCUUGAUAAUAGUCCAUUAAGCUCCAUUCCGUGGAUGUAUCACUCCCAUGCUUUGGAUGAACCAGCAGAAACUCAAGCUGGCUUGAUUGGUUUCAUUGUCAUUACUAGAAAGGGAUUUGCUAGAAAGAAUGGUUCUCCAAAGGAUGUUGACAGAGAAUUCUUUGUCAUGCCUAAAAUAUUUGAUGAACAAACAAGUUUCUUUUUAGAUCAAAACAUUCAAAAGUAUUUGAAUGCAAGUGGUCAAUUGACUGAAGCUCAAUAUAAGGCAUUUAAGGCAGGUGGUUUAACUGCUAGUAAUCAAAAGGAUUCCAUCAAUGGCUACAUGAGUGUCAAUAAUAUUGGAGGAUUUGACAUGUGUCAAGGUGAAAGAGUUAGAUGGUAUGUUGGUACAAUUGGUAAUGUUGAUUUGCAUCCUGUCCAUUGGCAUGGUAACGUUGGACUCGAAGAUGGCAUCAGAUUGGUCGACACUGUCUUUGUAGGCCCUGGAAUUGCAAGAGCUUUGGAUAUGGAUGUUGAUAAUCCUGGAAAUUGGUUAUUCCACUGUCACAUUGAUAACCAUCAUAUGGAUGGUAUGGUUGAUAUUUUCAAAGUAUAUCACAAACAUUCUGAUUUCUGUAAAAAGUAA